GUAUCGCAUCCUCCUGCGGAACAAAUCCGACUUGGAGCGCUGUCACAAGCAGCUGGCCGAUCAGGUUUCCAGCCCUCCCGUGCCCACUGGCGCUUAUGCCGACGGUGGAACCGCCAGCACCGGAGCUGUAGGAGAUGCACAGGAUGCAGCGCAAACCUUGAUGCCAGAGGAUCUCUGGUGUUUGGGGUGCCCGAUUUCGUCCAAGCUGUGGAAGUCGGUCCGGGACGACCUUGCUGGAUGA